AUGAAUGUUUUUAAAGUGUGGGUGAGAUGGCGACCUCUCAACCCGAGUGAGGCCGGAGCUGGAGAAAUCCAGCGGGAGUAUGGCCAACAUCACAACAAUCCACAGUCAUGCACCUCCGUUACCUCACCUUUGCAAACUAAAGCACUUUCUACUCGAGAAAAAUCCUGGAAGAGUGGAUUCUCGUUUGAUGGGAUCCUUGAACGUGAUGAUAACAACCACGUGGUGUUCAACCGCGUCGUUGCACCAGUCCUCCCAGAAGUUCUGGAGGGCAAAUCUCGCAAUUUCUUUGCAUACGGCCACUCAGGCAGCGGCAAAUCCCAUACCAUGAUUGGCUACAACUUUGAGAAUCCCGAUGAGUUUGGGAUGUGUUUAGCUGCUGCACGUCAACUAAGCGCUGCGCUAGAAGAGAUCAAUCUUGGGGACAGCAACCAUCAAUUCGGCCUUGGACUCCGUGUGUUCGAACUACGAAAGAAUAUUGCUUUCGAUCUACUCAAUGAGCGGAAUGAGUGCUUUGUUCGCGAGGGAUCCGAUGGCCGGGUCUACAUCCGUGGCGAAACAGAAAUGCUGGAAAAUGGGAAAGUGAGAGUUCGACCAAUCGCUACAAAGGCAUGUUGGAGCUUUGAAGAUCUGCACCGAGAGCUACAGAAGGGCUUGAAGCACCGUAGAACUGCGACAUCGACAGUCCAUGAUCAAAGCUCGCGCACGCAUGCCGUGAUCGAACUGGAAAUCAUCACCAAGGAGCUUCUUGAUGCGCGUGAUCAGGUGGUUGAGCGGCAAUCUGAGCUUGUUCCUGUAGGAAAACAUGCAACAGAUGUUUAUAUCGAGGAACAAUCCCGUGCAAUUAUCCAGACUGAACCGGGAAAAUACGCACCAAAUCCUGAUUAUCAAAUGGAUCAAGCACGCGUCGAUGCCGCAGAAGCACAAAAAGCUGAGUUUGAAUCUCGUGUUAAAAAGGCAGAAGAGCAUGAGUCUGAAGUGUUUGCAACUACCGCUAGGGCACAUCGAUGUAUCGGUGGCAAGCUUGUGUUCGUAGAUCUCGCCGGCGCUGAGUUCCUUUCCAGCACGACGACUAGUUCUGCGCCCAAACAAACCCCCCAAGAAAAGCAAGAAGGGAGGCAGAUCAACACUGACCUUCUCGCAUUAAAAGAAGUGAUCCGAGCCCUGUCAAGCAAGAAAUCUCGUAUCCCAUACCGUUCUUCUCCAUUGACUAUGGUGCUGCGGGAGCACUUCGAGGCAUCAGCUGAUACUCAUUCGGCCAUGAUCUUGACUGUCUCGCCGGAGGCCAAUCAGUAUACCGCAACGACGAAUACACUGAAAUAUGGAGAUCUGGUAGGCUUGGCAAAUGGACAUAAAAAAUAG